CACAGCUCGUUGUUAGCCCUCGGUAGUUUAUUCUAGAAUUUAGUUGAAUUUAUUCGUCGUGGGAUACACCAUCGAAUCGGAAAAUGACUCUCGAAGCUAUCAAGUACAAAGCCGGUCGGCUGGAAAUUCUCGAUCAACUGUUACUACCCGCCGAAUCAAAGUACAUUCCGAUCGCUGGAGUAAAGGAUGGUUGGAAUGCGAUACAUAAAAUGCAGGUCAGAGGAGCACCUGCCAUAGCCAUUGUGGGAUGCUUAUCGUUUGUGGUUGAAAUCUACGACAAACAGUACGACUCGAAGGCAGCGCUGAAGAACGAAAUAGAAGAGCAGCUGCAGUAUCUCGUUACAUCGCGACCAACCGCGGUUAAUCUAAAGCUGGCAGCAGAUGAGCUGAAAUCCCUUAUCGCUAGUCUGCUGGCCAAUCAGGACAUGAAUGUUGAAGGCAUGAAGAAGAGUGUCAUUGAUUCCAUAGAAAAGAUGCUGCAAAAGGAUAUCAAUGAUAACCGUGCAAUUGGGGAAAAUGGCGCUAAUGCGUUGCUCAAAGGAAUCGAUCGUCCACUCAAAUUAAUGACGCACUGCAACACCGGAUCAUUGGCAACCGCAGGGUAUGGCACAGCUCUAGGUGUUAUAAGAAGUGUGAACGAAAGGAAUCUUUUAGAUCACGUUUUCUGUACGGAAACACGACCAUACAACCAAGGCGCUAGAUUAACCGCUUACGAACUUGUACAUGAUAAACUUCCGGCUACGCUGAUCACCGACAGUAUGGUCGCGGCCCUUCUAAACAGUCGAAAAAUUGAUGCCAUUAUCGUCGGAGCGGACCGUGUGGCGGCGAACGGAGAUACAGCGAACAAAAUCGGUACCUACCAAAUGGCCGUGGUGGCAAAGCAUCAUCAGGUACCGUUCUAUGUGGCGGCACCGUUUACCUCGAUCGAUGUGGCCAUAGCGGAUGGUUCGCAUAUAAAAAUCGAAGAACGUCCCGAACGGGAGCUCACUCAUAUUGGGGAGCUACGAAUUGCUGCUCCGGGAAUCGGCUGCUGGAAUCCGGCAUUCGAUGUUACACCGGCAGAAUUAAUAACGGGAAUCAUCACCGAGGUCGGUGUGUUUAAGCCAAGCGAGCUGGCAGAAAAGGUUAGACCGAAAUAGUGUGCCUUCCUUCCUGAAUAGAUUGGUAAACAAAUGUGCAAUAACUCUGGACAAUAUUCCAUGUGAAUGAUAAAAAUCUAAACAAACAACAAUGCAAAACAAAAAUAGUAGAUUUUUCAAGUUCAUAUUAUAUGGACAUUCGUUUAACCCCACUUUACUCUACCUCAGUUUUCCGUAAUGCACAGUGAAAGUUCAAACGAUCCAACUUUUUUUUUAAUAAUUUUUGGAUAAUCAUUAUAAAAAAGUAAAACGAAAUACUUAUUAAAAAUAUUUUUAAACGCACAAGUUGAUAAAUUAAAAUAAACAUUGUUUUCUA